UUCAGCUUGUUGUGAAAACAAAAAUGUCGCUUAUAAAAAACUUGGUAAAAGAAUCCGAACAUAAGCCAAAGAAAAAAAAGAAAGAUGCAGGAUCUGGAGAAAGUGAUUCCGAUGGCAAGGAUAAGCCUUUAAGGCCAUUCGUUAAAACCGCCACAGAUCUGCAGCGGCUGAAGCUGGAAAAACUGAUGAAAAAUCCUGAUAAACCGGUGCUUAUACCAGAGCAGCGUCGUGAAAGAGACUUUAUGUCCUCGGUGCCUACUUUUGUCCGGAAUGUUAUGGGAAGUAGCGCAGGAGCGGGUUCCGGCGAGUUCCAUGUGUAUCGCCACCUGCGCCGAAAAGAGUACGCCCGCCAGAAAAACAUUCAGAACCAGAGUUCCCGCGAGGCUGCAGAUGAAGCCUAUCAGCAGAAGUUGGACGACAAUCGUCGGACGGCUGAAGAAAAAACGGCCAAGAAAAGAGCCAAACGACUGAAGAAGAAGCAGAGGGCCAAAAAGCCAAGGGAAGGAAAGAAACCGCAGGCUAAGGAAGCCUCAGAGUCUAGCAAUACAGAUUCUGAAGAGGAAGAUACCCCAGGUGACAAAGAGAAAAAGCCAGACUUAACCCGCAAUGAGGGGCAAAAGGUGGAUGGGAGCAAGGAACAAUCUGAAAUAGCUGAGCAAAGUUUAACACUCGAUAGUAAAGAAGCUUCUGCAGAAACUGAAAACUUUGGAGAAGCGACUAACGAAUUAGAGACAGUGGACCAAGAACUAAAACAAAAAACUACAUAACCAAAAUCAGUCCUAAAUUCCUUUGUAAACGAAUUAAUGCAGUCUAGUUAGUAAUAAAACAAAGUUCAGUUUUA